UUGGCCGCCGUGUAUUCACGCAACCUUUAUCGACAUCUGAUAAAAACAGAGUAUAAUCGAUUAUCAUUUUAGAGCGAGAAACAUCUAAACAAUUCUAGAGAGAGAAAGAUCGAUAAACACCAGGGUUUGGUAAGGAUGAAUGAUCACCAAUCGAAACUGAUGAAACAGUCGCAAAUGAUUAAUAAGCCGAAAGUGAUGAGUCAACCGAAUUUGUUGAGCCAGCAGAGUAUGAUGAAUCCGAUGAGUAUGAGUAUGAAUCAGGUGCCGCCGCCGAUGAUGAAUCAGCAGCAGCCGAUGGGUUCGCAGCAGAUGAUGAUGGGGCGCGGUGGUGUCGGAGUUGGAGUUGGAGUUGGAGUGGGAGUGGGAGGAGGGGGUUAUGGUAUGUGGCCACCUCCGCCUCCGCCGCCUCAUCCUCCGGUGCAGGACCAAAUGAAUUUUAAUUUGAAUGUGCCGAUGAAUUUCCCUGCGUUUGGGGGUUCGAAUUCGGUGGGACGGGGUAAUUGGAAGGGUAAGAAGGGGGGAAAUGAUAAUAAGAGGCGUAAGGGGAAGAAUAUGAUUGCUGGGGGGAGUUUGGGGAGUGGUGGAGGCGGGUAUAAGCCUCCGAAUAUUAAGGAGUUGCAGCAGGAGAAUCGGUUGAAGGCUAGGAAGUAUUUUCAGAAGAAGAAGUUUGGUGGUGGUGGUGGGAAUAAUAGGUCUGCUCCGUAUGCGCCCAGGAAUACGAGUUCUUUUAUUAUAAGGGCGAAGAAGUCGGGUGGGAUUGCUUCGUUGGUGUCACCGUGUCCGGUGACUCCGGCUGUGCUUCCGACUCCGAUGUUUUCGCCUUCGACUGAGGUUUUAGGGGAUAUGGCUAAGGAGGAGUGGGGAGUGGAUGGGUAUGGAUCGAUGAAUGGGUUGAUUAGGCUUAGGUCUCCAGGAGAUGUGGCUGAGGAUGAGGAGGAUGAGGAAGGAGGAGGGUCUAGUGAGAGUGAUGUGGAAGAGCAUUUGGAGGUGGAAAGGAGGCUGGAUCAUGAUUUGAGUCGGUUUGAGAUGAUUUAUCCGAAUUAUGGGGUUGAGUAUAAUAAUGUUUUGGAGAACAGGGUGGAUGAUCAGGAUACCCAUAUUGCUCAAGUGGAAGAAGAGAAUUUGAUCUUGAAGGAGAGGCUUUUUCUGAUGGAGAGGGAAGUGAAUGACUUGAGGAGGAGGUUGUUGAGUCUCGAGAGACAGCAUCAGGGGACCGAGGAAACUAAUGAGGAGAUAGUGGAAAACGAGUCUGAAAAUGAUAAUGGAAGCAGAGGAGAGUACUCUCGCUCUCAGGAAGAGAACAAUGAGGAGGUGAUUGAGGAAAACAAUGAACGUGGUGGUAAGAAUGUGGAGUCCAAAGAAGAGGAUAACAUUGCAGAUGGCAUGGUGAAGGACUUGAAAGUUGUUGAGGCCAAGGAUGAUGCUAAUAAUGACUGUGGUGUACAAGUUAAUGAGGGUAACAAUGUGGACACUGAACUGGGGAAUGGCAGUGCUAAUGUGGAAGUGAAAGAUGCCAGUGUUAAUGUGGAAGUGAAAGAUGCCAGUGCUAAUGUGGAAGUGAAGGAGGGUAGUGCUUCUGUGACAUUGAAUGAUGCAGUUGUUCAAGAUGUUCGUAUGGAUGAGGUCGAUACUAAGCAGGAUGUUAUUGAUGAAGAAAAUGCUAAUUUGUAGGUGAAGCGGGAAACUAAUGCCUUAGAGACAGUGGUAUUGAAGAUGAUGAUGCUAAUAUAGGUUUCUUCUCUGGACAGUGAUAAGAGUCUUUCUCAUAUUAUAUGCUUAGUUAGUCAAAUUAUGCAAAUUCUGCAUUUAUAUCCUUGAAGUCUUUGUUAGUGGUACGUUGAAAACUUUUCAGUACCUGUUCAGGUUUUGAGGAGUUCUUUUCUGUGUUGCAACUUGCAAGGGUUUAGUUGUUGGUGUCACUAGACAUGCUGGAAGUGGAAGGAUUUUCUUCCAAAUAUAACUUUGUAUUUUGGUGCCAUAUUUCUUAUGAGUGUGUGGUGAAUAUCUAAAACUGCGUUUUGGGACCA